AUGGGGAAUUGCGCAAUAUCUCCUUCAUACAGGAAGGGAAAUGGUGGCAACAACAACAACAACUUCAAGAGGCCACUCACAGUCAAGAUCAUUCACUUGGAUGGACGGCUACAGGAAUUUAGAGAACCCAUUGAAGCCAGAAACAUCCUCUCCCAGAACCCCAACUGCUAUCUCUGCAGCUCCGAGUCCAUGUUCAUCGGCUCCCAAGUCCCUCAUCUCGCAAAAGAAGAACAACUCCAACAGGGUCAAAUUUACUUCCUCAUGCCACUCUCCAAGUCUCAGGCGCCGCUCACUCUCCAGGACUUGUGUUCACUAGCCAUAAAAGGCUAG